AUGAUAGUGGGACUCUUCAGUGCACACGUCCCCGUCUGGUGGCGCCCCGUCCCGCGCGACCACCCGCCACCCGCCCCGCGGCGCGGCGGGACGGGCGGGCGAGCGGGCGGGCGCCUGCGUGCGGCCGCGGCGGCGAUCAAAAGCGGCCGGCGGCCGGCGCCGGCGGUCUCUCGCUGCUGCCCGUCGUCCCGGCCGCAGCAGGGGACCAGCAGCGGCGCGGCGCGCGCCAGCAGCAGCAGCAGCGGUCAGCGGCGGACCGCACCGGCGGCGGACCGGCCGACCGGCGGGCUAGCGGACCAACUGGUGCCGCCGCUCAACUCCAGCACACAGAUGGCGUCCCCUCGUCUGCGUGCCGCCGCGCUGCUGCUCCUGGCUGCGGGCUGCUGUGUCAGUCAGCCGGCGCCCUCCAGGUCAGCGCGACCCCUGCUGACCCGACUACGGCGCAGCUCGUCCAGCCACUACUGUGGCAGCCACCUGGCCAGUAUGCUAGAGCUGGUCUGUGGCGUCAGCAGCGUCGGCAAGCGGGCCAACCAUCCAGGGAACACGCCCGACUACGCUGAAGAGCGGCGCGCUAACGGGCUGGGCGCGUUGGCGCGCGCGCUGGAGGUGCCGCCGUUCGGCAGCCGGGCGCGGCUGCUGGAGCACAUGGACCCACUGCAGAGGGAGUCGCGCUCCAUCCACCCGGGCGGCCCGGACCGCUUCCGCGUCAAACGGCAGGGCAUCGUGUACGAGUGCUGCUUCAACGCCUGCUCCAUAUCGGUGCUGCAGUCCUACUGCAACUCGUAGUGGGCGCCGGCGGCGGCGCUGUGCGCCCUCCGUGUGAUACCAUGUGUUCAGGGGCGGACGGCGGCCGCCCCGAGAGCCAGACGACGGGGGCCACCCCCUCACCGACCACCCGACCUCCUGAGUCCCCCGGGCGGGCGCCGGGGGCGCUGGGUGGCCCGGCGCCUCUCGGUCCCGCGUCCCGUCCCUGCCCUGUCCUCACCACGUCACUCAGCCGGGCCCACGGCACUCGCCGACCGUGGCUCUGCCAGCGGACCCCACCUCCGCCGGACCGACCAGCUGGGCGUGGGGAUCCCACUGCGUUCUGUGAACUCAUUGCGCAACGGCAUCGGUGGGCUGCGUGUCAACAAAGCGAUCAGCCGCGGCACGACCUGCCGCGACCGGUCGGCGGCGCCACCCCUUCCGCCGGCCGUCCCGUCCCGUCUCUGUUGUCCCCCUGUUCGGUUUGCGUCCCCCUCCCCUGUGUGCAUGAACGGCCUAGUCCGCUGUGUGGCCGACCCCGCCGCGCUGGUUUCUGUGUGGUCGAGGUCGGAGCGGAGUCCACCGCCGGCCGAGUCCGACCCCCCCCCCCGCGGCCUCGAGCCGCCGACCCCGCUCGCUGUUCGCUGUCAUGCUCGUCACUGUGCACGAGCCCGUGCCAACUCGCUCUCACCCUGCCUGCUGUCUGAAUGGUCCUCCCGAUGUGUGCGUCCCGCCGUCUGUACGAGCGCCAUCUACCGAGCCACAGACAGAGACAUCUAGCGGCUGUCGCCCGAACUGCGCCAGGGGUACCGACUGCCGGUCAUGUCGUUUCCUAUAUUUGUUCCAUGUCUGUGAUCUGUUGGUGUGCCACUGUGUUGUAAUUUAAAUGCGUACGUUGUACAUUAUAUAUUUUCAUUGAAAAUACAAGGCUGUACCGGAUAUGGUCGGGUGAGCGAGGCCCUGCCAGGGUCGGCGAGAAAGAGGCGGCGGGGCGGGCGGCCCUGGCGAGCGCGAGCGUCCUGAGGAGCUGGGAUCCGACUCUGGGGCUGAGGCCGCCGCGCCGAUCAUAUGGUGUGACCGGGCGGCUGUGCGGGCCGACGAUGUGAACCCGGCGCGAAAUACACGGGGCUGUCCAAUG